AUGAGUAACACCGAUUUCCUCGGCCGGGCGAUCGACACCGUGAAGAGCGCGAUUGAACUUGAUAAUGCGGGCGACUAUGAGAAAGCAUACCAGACAUACUACUCGGCUCUCGAGCUGUUCAUGCUCGCUCUAAAAUGGGAGAAAAACCCCAAGUCGAAGGAGAUGAUCCGGGCAAAGACCGGAGAAUACAUGGAGAGGGCAGAGAAAUUAAAGAACCACCUUGCGGGACUGGAUAAUCGGAAGAAACCCAGUGCAGUUGGGGCAAAUGGGAAGAUUGCACAUGGCAGCGGGAAAGGAGGCAGAGGUGACGAUGACGAUGAGGACGCCGAGUCGAAAAAGCUCCGUGGAGCUUUGGCAGGGGCUAUAUUAACGGACAAGCCCAACGUAAGGUGGGAAGACGUUGCUGGCCUGCAAGGCGCAAAAGAAGCUCUCCAAGAAGCCGUCAUACUACCCAUUAAAUUCCCGUCACUCUUUACAGGGAACCGCCAACCCUGGAAGGGAAUUCUGCUUUAUGGACCACCUGGGACAGGUAAAUCCUAUCUGGCCAAAGCAGUGGCCACAGAGGCAAAGAGCACAUUUUUCAGUGUGAGCAGUAGUGACCUUGUCUCGAAAUGGAUGGGAGAGAGUGAGAGGCUCGUUAAGCAACUCUUCAAUAUGGCUCGAGAAAAUAAACCUGCCAUUGUUUUCAUUGACGAGAUAGACGCCCUUUGUGGUACCCGUGGCGAAGGAGAACCGGAUGCGUCACGCCGCAUCAAAACCGAGCUUCUCGUCCAAAUGGACGGUGUCGGCAAGGAUUCAAGCGGAGUGUUGAUCCUUGGAGCGACGAAUAUUCCCUGGCAGCUAGACUCGGCAAUUCGACGACGUUUCCAGCGAAGAGUCUAUAUAAGUCUGCCAGAUAUGGCUGCACGGAUGAAAAUGUUCAAAAUAAGUAUAGGCAGUACACCGUGCGAGUUGACGGUUCCUGAUUACCGAACUCUCGCGGAACUAACCGAAGGCUACUCGGGAAGUGAUAUAAACAUUGCGGUUCAGGACGCGCUCAUGCAACCUGUCCGCAAGAUCCAAUCCGCCACUCAUUAUAAAAAGGUACUGGUGGAUGGAGUGCAAAAAGUUACUCCAUGCUCUCCAGGCGAUCAGGGGGCCAUGGAAAUGACCUGGGUGGAUGUAAACCCAGAUGAGCUCCUAGAGCCUCCGCUUGUUCUCAAAGACUUUGUUAAGGCUGUCAAGGGAUCUCGACCGACUGUUAGCCCCGAAGACCUUGCCAAAAGUGCAGAGUGGACCGCUUUGUUUGGAAGCGAGGGCGCUUAG